AUGGACCGGACAAUAACACAUGCCAUCGACCCAGAUGGUGAAGUGAUAAUAAUAUUGUGUAAUGCAAAUGCCCACUUUGCGGAGUGUUACGGUGAUCAAGACGCCAUCGCCGAGAUGCUUGCUCAGGAGGCUACUGUGGAAGAGAAAGACCACGUACAGUCUCAGGUUGAGAGGGCUGAUGAUGCGGCUGAAGAUGGUUGGGGCUCUUCUGUGAAGCAGUCGAAAAAAAGUAAGAAGAAUUUGAAAAAGGCAAAAAAUAAGUCGAGAAGUUUCGUUCCUAUUGAGGCCGACGAACCUGAAGGAGGGCCUGUUGACGAGACCGAACCCGAGCCUGUCGACGUGCCUGUCGACGUGCCUGUUGAUGUGCCUGUUGAUGUGCCUGUUGAUGUGCCUGUUAAUGUGCCUGUUGAUGUGCCUGUUGACGAGUCUACGCAGAAAACCGACCAAUAUCAGUCUGAAAAUAACGUCUAUAUCCAAGUAUCCGCUAAGCAUCUAAUGCUUGCAUCUCCCGUAUUCAAGUCACUGCUCACCGGCCCUUGGAAGGAGAGCGUCACCUUUUCCCAAUUGCAAAAAGGCUCCGUCGAAAUCACUGCAGAGAGCUGGGAUGUCGACGCUUUCUUGAUUUUGCUAAGAAUCAUUCAUUGCCAGUUCAAUCACAUACCCCGCAAGCUGAGUCUCGAAAUGCUUGCCAAAAUCACAGUCAUAGCAGAUUACUACGAAUGCAAAGAAGUCGUGCGAUUUUUCUGCGAUAUGUGGAUCGAGGCCCUCGAGGGAGCAUACCCCAAGGAGUAUUCUCGGGACCUGAUAUUGCGGCUUUGGAUAGCAUGGUUUUUUCAGCACUCUUCUCAGUUUAAAGCAGUGACUUCGAUCGCUAUGUCGCAUAGUGACGGUCUCAUCAUUAAUCUACGACUUCCGAUUCCUGACCGAGUCAUCGAUAAAAUGAACCUGCGUAGACAGGAAGCCAUCGAAAACGUCAUUUGUCAACUGUAUGAGAAACAAGACGCUUUCCUGUAUGGUACUCGAGGCUGCUGUUUUGAGUGUAGCUCAAUCAUGUACGGCGCUCUCUCCAAGAAUAUGCAGUCCACUGGUCUACUGUCUCCAAAGCCUAUAACCCCAUUUUUACGCAUGAGUUACAAUCAGCUUGUGCAGAAGGUGUCGUCGUUCAAGUCACCAACUUGGUACCAGUCGUCCUAUAGGCUUCACUCCUGUAAUGAUGUCCAUUUUCUAUGCCUUUUUCCUGGGUUGGAACCACUCAACGGCUUUGAUCUGCCGGAGCUGAUUAUGGAGUGA